UUGGGAGGAAUCGAUCACAGAAGAAAGGAACGAUUUGUCCCACCGGCGUUUUAUUUAGCAGCAGAAGGUCGUUCGCAGCUGACAGCAGUUUGGUAAUAUUUAUAGCCAGAAAGUGACGUAAAUAAUUUAACUUUGUUUCAAGUUUGGAACUCGACGCGCGGAGUAAUCGUGCAGGUUGGACUGGACCUUUGAAUCUCUGUGCCCUCGGUCUUGAAGCAGACCCCGGGCUCGGCUCGGCUCGACCGACCCAGAAUCUCCCUCCCUUGAAGCGGAGAGGCUGACUUGAUGGCAGCCUCGACCGGUGCCCGGAGAUUACCCAUGGGUGUUCGGACGUUCAGUGACUUUCUCCAGAUCGCCACUGUGGGCUCCCCUCGCUCGUGUCGCACGGCGGUGCAAAGAGGAUGCCUGCGACAAAACAUCAGACACUUGUCGUCAUGUGGCAUUUUGAUGACAAGAAGUCCCAGGGUGCUUUGCCUUCAAGAUUGUGACACAAUGACAGCGGUUUCCCAAAGCAGAAGCUUCAUCAGCCUCACCAACAAAAGGAAGGAGUAUUCUGAACGUAGAAUACUUGGGUAUUCUAUGCAGGAAAUGUAUGAUGUUGUGGCCAAUGUUGACGAGUACAAGCACUUUGUGCCUUGGUGUAAGAAGUCCCAGACCAUCAUGAAAAGAGCAGGUCACUCCAAAGCCCAGCUUGAAGUGGGAUUUCCUCCAGUAGUGGAAAGAUACACAUCUAUGAUCACAAAUGUUAGACCUCAUCUAGUCAAAGCAGUGUGUACAGAUGGAAAGCUCUUCAAUCACCUGGAGACGAUAUGGCGCUUUAGUCCUGGCAUUCCCGGUUACCCUCGUACCUGCACCGUAGACUUUUCUAUAUCCUUCGAGUUCCGCUCUUUGCUGCACUCACAGUUAGCCACGAUGUUCUUCGAUGAAGUCGUAAAGCAGAAUGUUGCUGCAUUCGAGCGGCGAGCCUGCAAGCUUUACGGCCCAGAGACUCGUAUCCCACGAGAGCUGAUGUUUCAUGAGGUGCAUCAGACGUGAUCUCAGCAACUGUACGUCUUCAUCUGGCCUUAAACCGUACCCCCUUUAUUCCCUCAAUAAACUUAAACCUGCAUGAUGUGGCUUAGCAGGCCACUACAUCAAAUCUCCACUGCUUCAUAGAUGUCAUAGCGGCUACCGAAGGUGUAGUGCAUCUAACGCUUGUAAGCAUAAUGUUGUAAUUCCUGCCUUAGUAAAUUCUUGCUCACCUCCCUUCUCAUUGUGUUACGUUUGUCCAUUUUCUGUCUACCUCCAGAUUAGGGUGUCCUUGUUUAGCAGAAAGAACAGUAAGUCAUCGCAGCAUUGUGUUACAUUGUGUUGGAAACUCAUUUAUUACUUUAAACUUAAACUUCGGUUUUUCUAUAAGACCCAGAGUCCCUUUUGCUGAAGCAGUUGUCUCACUGUAACUUGAGGUUACUACUAUCAAGUGAACUUCAGCUCUAAUAUAUUGGGAAAGCACAUUCUUUGCCUUUACACUUAGCAUUUACUUCAUUUCAAAUGGAAAUAGUAAUAUAUAGUUUGAAAUAAAGUACUGGUAUUGCUGCAAAAUAAUAUUGCUUUUAGUUCUUUAAUUUAUUCAGCAGCAGUUAUUGACCAGUUUUAUAGGGGUUCAUAUUAACAGUGCCAUGCUAAAAGAGCAUUAUUGUAGGUAGGUUAGUAUGAAGUGCAGAGGAGGAAAAUUAGCUGUGGUCUCAGUUAACUAGUAUUUGAGAAAUGUCACUUUAACUUGGAUGCUGUGAGGAUUGGGCUUUAGAACGCUAAAAAAGAAAAAUUAGCAUACUAGUUUUAAUAAUGCCUUGUUUUACAGCCCAGCACUAGUAUCAGUUAGUAAAGGUGGGGAAAUAAGAAUUGGCACAACCAAGAACCCCUGUUGAAACGGUGAAAAAUCUGCAGUACUGUAAAAAGUAUCGCAAAGAAUGUAAGAAGAGUACAAUGUUACACUCAAAAAUUAUCUUUAUGAUUGAUUAAAAACAAAAUUAGAAAUUAAAGAUGGCUUCUUGUGAAUUGAAUGUGGCUUAUAUUGUGAUUUGAUCAAAAGUAAAUAAAUAUUGGCAUGUUAUGUGGAUUCUGACUGUUAGGAGUCAGUUUAGGUCAUAAUUUAAAAAAUGUAGGUGUGUCCUUGCUUAGUGGGCUGUUUUGUGUUUAGAUUUUUUUGAAGGUGAUCCGGAGGAUGAAACACUCCAGUCAUCUUUCUAUAAAUUGUAGUGGUGGGCUGUAGAAUAAAACAUUACUUAUUUAUCAUUGAUUUUCAUGCUUAUUUGUUGACAUUUUGGCUUAUCUUUACACACAUUUUGAUGCAUGGAUAUAAGGCAAAUAUAUUUGUAGCAUUUAUGUGUUGCAUUGUCAGGGCUUGACCUAAAUUUAAAAUAAAGCAGCCCCUUCACAUUAUUCUGUGACAAAGGGCUAUUAAAGGUAACUGAUGUAUUUUGCCACAUUUUAAAGGUGACUCGUAAGUUAAAGUUGCUAAAGAAGUCAUUUAGUGUGAAAAAUGUUUCAUUUUGUCCAAAUGGUCCAGCAAAGCUAAAAGGUGUUUUUGUAUUUUUGUGAAACUGAAGUAUUUUGUUUUAUUUUUGGUUAGUAAGGUGAUUUGGAAAUUAAGAAAAAUGAGUCAUCGAAACCCAAGACAGGUGUAUUCAGUCUGAGAAUCACUGUUACUAUUUAAAAAAAUAAAUACAUUUAAAAAUAGUUGGAGGCAAAAUCAUUGAAUACCAUUUUUGUGUAUUCUGUUGUAAUUUGGCAUUUGUGUACUAUCAAAAUUUGAAAUGAAGCAAUCAAGAUAUGAUUGAAGUGUAGUUCCAGCGUCUUUUUUUUUUUUUUUCUUUGAGCAGUUUAACAAAAGUAUUGCAUUAACCGUGUAGUUUUAUUUAAGAUGGUCCUACCAUUGCCAGACUCGAAGUGGACUAACAUGAUUAUAAAUAAUGUUGAUGGAAAUGUGUCGUGUUGUUAACGUUGCAUCACAUUAGAAUUCAUCUUUACUCUCAAGGUUUUUUUGUCUUUAAGUGUAUUACAGAGAGAUUUUGUUUGUUUUGUUUUUUUUCAUUGUAGGUGCCAAUCCUUAUAAGAAAAGAAGGGGCAGUGUAAACAAAAAUAUUUUUCGAAUUAGCCUAUUAUGCUUUUCCUGAUUUUCUGACAUAUACAUAUAGAUUCUUAUAAUAGUGAAUGCUCAUAUUAAAUAUGCCAAAAAUUUAACAUAAAGAGGUCAGCGUAUGCACAAGUAAUGCCUGUGAGCCAAACGCUCAGGUUCCAGGCAGGUUUUUCUACUGUCUGCACUAUAUGAUGUCAGUGACAGUGGUUAUCUCAGGCACACUGCUUGGGUUAUGAGCUCAGAAGCCCCGCCCACCUCCUGUUCUAACCUCCUGUUUGUAAAGGCUGCCCAAUCAGAAAGGUGGAGGAACUAAAACAGGUUAUUUCAGACAGUGGAUGAACUGAGAGGCUGCACCAAGCUGUAGUAUAAGAUAAACAAGGAUUAUUUUGAACUGUGACUCAUGCAAAGCUACUCUAGUACAGUCCAGAUGAGCAUAAAGGGUUCACUUGAAAUUAUAGUAACCCUGAUAACCCUUCGACCCCUCUGUACAUUUCCACAUCAAUAUUCAUGCUGCGGGUGUAUUAAUGACCAUUGGUCUUAAUGCAGGCAGCCUUGUAUGUAUAAAAGGAGAUAUAAAUAAAUAUCAAUCACUUGUUGCUUCAAUCAAAAUUAUUUUCACAGUUUUGGAUUUCAGUUGCUUUUUUUUUUGCAAGCAGAAAAUGUAUCUAUGUAAAUAUCGGUGUAUUUUAAAUUUGUAUUUAAAUAAAAAGGAGCUGUCA